AUUUAAUUUGUAUUGGUGGUAGAACUGUGGCGUGUGGAGAAAUAGCAUUCGUAUUUGUGAGCACGUAGGGUUAGUAUUGUAGUGUUUGUGUAUUGUGCUUUUUCCAGUGAGUUAUUUAAUAUUCCGAGAAUGUCAACAGAUUUUUACAUUCGUUACUAUGUUGGACACAAGGGAAAAUUUGGGCAUGAAUUCCUUGAGUUUGAAUUCAGACCAGAUGGUAAACUCCGUUAUGCUAACAAUUCCAAUUACAAGAACGACACUAUGAUUCGAAAAGAAGCCUAUGUUCACAACUGUGUUAUGGAAGAGUUGAAACGAAUAAUCCACGACUCGGAAAUCAUGCAAGAAGACGACUCACUGUGGCCUCAGCCUGAUAGAGUUGGAAGACAAGAAUUGGAAAUAGUAAUUGGCGAUGAACACAUUUCAUUUACUACUUCAAAGACUGGUUCACUGGUGGAUGUUAACCAUUCAAGAGACCCAGAAGGCCUGAGAUGUUUCUACUACUUGGUUCAAGAUUUGAAGUGUUUGGUGUUUUCCCUCAUUGGGCUUCAUUUUAAAAUUAAGCCCAUUUAAAGUGUGUAAAAAGGUCGUGCUUUGUUAUAUGGUAUGUUUCAACAUCUGUUCAAUAUAUGUUUUCAUUAUCAUAAAAUAGACUAGGCCUAGUCACCCAAUUAUUUAUCUGUCUUUAAUUUGAUUGACUUUAUUUUUCAAAUGUGAGUUUUCAAUAAUAAAAAUGUACUUUAAAAGUG